ACCAUUCGACACAGUCGCCCUCUCGCAGUCGCAGCAGCCACCUCUCCACUCGCAGCCAUGAAGUUCGUCGUUGCCCUCGUCGCCGCCCUGGCGUGCAUGCAGGUAAUGGAGGCUCGCGUGCGGCGCGACGCCCCCGCCGCCGCGGACUUCAACACGCUGUUCGAGGCCGCGCAGAGGCACAUCCAGAACCUGACGGCGACCAUCCAGAACGCGCUGCCGUCGCAGGAGGAAGUGCGCACGCAACUGCAGACCCAUGCCCAGACCUUUGCCAACAACCUGCAAGCUGCUGCCACCCAGUUCAACGAGAAGGCCGCCCAGCUGUCCGGCGACGCCCAGACGGCGGUGCGCCAGGCCGCCCAGCACCUCGAGCAGCAAGUGACCAACCUGCGCCAGCAGUUCCCCGACGGCGCCCAGGCCGCCGACAAGCUGAAGACGUCCAUCGAGAGCGCGCUGGCCGAGGCACGCCGCGUGCAGGAGGCCGUGCAGCCCCACGCAGACGCCGUCGCAGAGUCCCUCAAGACUGCCGCGCGCACCGCCGUCGAGCAGGCUACCGUCAUCACCAACCAGGUGCAGCAGUCUGUGCAGCAGGCCGCCAACGCCCAUUAAACGGUGUGUGCAGUGCAGCAGGCCGCCGCCGCCACGCUGACCUGGCCACCGCUCUCUAGCGGCGGCUGCUCCAGCGGCAGAGAGCGCGCCGACCGCCGCGCCGUACCACGCCACGCGCAUGCGCUUGCGACUCGCCCCUCGCCCCUCCGCCAUCUUGUGUAACUUGGGCGCUAGCGCGGCUGUCGCAGUGUUCUCUGCUAUAAUAUUUUCCAAAGAUAAUAAAGGCGUUUUCUAUUAAAAGAACUAUGCUGUCCUGUUUUUAAUACCGCUUUUUGUUCCCUAGUCUUCCAAUAGACCCAUUUGAAAAUGAGCAACGCA